AUAAUUUCCUGGGUCGUUCCUGUUGAUCUUAUUGUCUUCAGCCGCACUUUUCGCCAGAUGGAACCACGUGAAAAACUCUACCCGACAUCAUCUAGGGUUUUUUAUUUUGGGGGAAUCUUCGCUACUGGAGAUCCAUUGACACGUUUUCUACCGGGGACCUCUUUCCGAACAGAGACCCUUUUUCCACCAUAGGGAUUCUUACGUCAUCGGUUAUGAACCAUUCCUCGUCCAUUUUAAAUUAGUUAGUCAAUAAGCUUUCGCAUUAAGGGAGAUCUCCUAGUUUGGCUGGCUCAAAUUUUUGUUGUUAGCCGUUAGUAGAUGUA